AUGCCAGAACGAGGGUAUGCAAGCCUGGCGGAGGCGCUGACGACUGACGAGGAGCGACCUGCAGUGCAGGAUGCUGGCGACGCAGCGCGAGUUGUAACUGCCACUGCUCCGCGAAGUCGCUUGUCAAAAACCACCGCCGCCGCGCUGGCCGCGUCCGUGCUCCUGGCGGUAGGGUUCGCGGCCUCCGGCGGCAGGGCAAUCCAUCACAGCACGACAUCGACUGCCAUCUCUGCUGCCGCUGUCGCAGAGGAGGGCGCUGCCGCAGCGCCGAAGGCCCCUGCGGCGCCAGCCACCGCCGCCCCCGUGGACGCGGAGCCCGCCCUGGCGGAUGCCGCAACGCCGGAGGUCCCAGCGGAGCCGGCCGCCGCCGCCCUGGCGGAUGCCGCAACGCCCGAGGUCCCUGCGGAGCCGGCCGCCGCCGCCCCAGUGGACGCGGCCGCCGCCACCCCCGCGGAUGCCGCAGCACCGAAGGCCCCCGCGGAGCCGGCCGCCGCCGCCCCAGUAGACGCCGCCGCCGCUGCCGCUCCGGCGGAUGCCGCAGCUCCGAAGGCCCCCGCGGAGCCGGCCGCCGCCCCGGUAGACGCCGCCGCCGCCGCGCCCGCGGAUGCCGCGGCGCCGAAGGCCCCUGCGGAGGCGGCCGCCGCCGCCCCGGACGCUGCAGCACCGGCGCCAGACGCCGAGCCGACAGCGGCUGUUGGCGAGGCCGCGCUGGAGGCGCCCCCCGCUGACGCCAAGCCUCUGGAGGCCAAGGCGGACUUUGACUGCGAGGCGGGCUACUCCAACUGGGCUGCGGGGUGGUCCGCGGAGAAGAAGGCGUUCUGCUGCGAGAAGGAGCAGAAGGGCUGCGAGGCAAAAGAGGACUUCGACUGCGAGGCGGGCUACUCCAACUGGGCUGCGGGGUGGUCCGCGGAGAAGAAGAAGGCCUGCUGCGAGAAGGAGCAGAAGGGCUGCGAGGGCGCUCCCGCCACGAAGCCCGCCGACGGCAUCCUCCCAGCCUGUGAGGCCGACCUGAAGUUUUGCCCGAGGGAGUGGGCGGACGGCCCGACCGGCGGCUUCUACUGCCCCGCCGACGACGGCUGCGCGGCCGCGGCAACGGGGCCCUUCGACCCCGAGGCGUGCCCAGGCCAGUGCGUCAUCGGCACCGUCCCCGCGGAUGUCCUGGAGAAGCUGAAGCAGGCGGCCGACAAAGACGAGGACAAAACCGAGGCUGAAGGCGAGGCUGGCGCAGACUCUGCAAAUGCCUCAGGGAUUGAGAAACCCGAGGUGCCCGCCAAGAAAGGCAAGGGGGCGGCACUGACUGCAGAGGACAACGGUGGCAUCCCGUUCUGCCCCGACGAUGUCGAGGACUGCCCCAGCGACUGGCGAGACGGCCCUGAAGGAGGCUACCUUUGCAACAAGGGCGACCAGGCUGGCGCUUGCCAGCCCUGGAAGGCCGGGCCUUUCGACAAGAAGACUUGCACGGAUUUCUGCGCGAUCGGCGCCAUGCCAACCACGAGCACCACCACGUCUACCGUCACGACUGUCACCACGACCACCAAGCAGUAUGAAUUCCCAGCCCUGAUCUGCUACUCCGUCGCGCGGUACGGGGAGGAGAUGACCAUCUUGAACUUCCAGCACGACCACUCGGCUGGCAUCUUCGGCUGCGACGAGACCAUCGUCUUCGCCGACGAUCCGGGCACGAUGAACGGGGGGUUCCCGCUCACCGAAUUGCCCGUGAAGACCGGCAGCGGCGGCGGUUGGUCCAAGGACGGCACCGCCGCCAACACUGAGGUGUUCUUGAUGGCCUGGGAGGGCAUCAAGAAAGACGGCCGGUGGGAGCAGGUGGACUGGGCGGUGAAGGCGGACCCUGACGCCGUCGUCCUGGCUGAUCGUUUCCGCAUUCAAUUGAAGGACGCGACCGGCUCGGCCACCUACGUGAAGAAUUGCAACAAGUACGACGGGCCGGAUUGGCCACUGAUGUUCGGGGCGGCGGAGGCCAUCUCCAAGCAGGCGUUGGCCAGGUAUUGGGAGGGCGCAGAGCAGUGCAGGAACGAGCUGGAGUGGCAGAGCUGGGGCGAGGACUACUUCUUGUCCCACUGCCUGGACCACCUCGGCGUCAACGCCUUCCUGGACACCGAUGAGAUCGGCGACGCCCUGUGCACCGGGGCCGUCUGCAGCGAGGGCGGCAAGGCGGCCUUCCACCCCUUCAAGAGCGUCGGGGCGUGGGAGCAGUGCUGGCGCGAGGCCACCGGCCAGCAGGGCUGA